CUUUGGUCCAAACAGGUUAAAAGUGAUGUACUUAUGGAAGAACUAGAAGCUAUAUCCUGUCAGUGGCAAGGAACCAAUUUGACUAUCUACGGUUCUCGUUUACUAUCUUCUGAUCUAAUUUUAACCUAUAAGAAAGGUACUUUUCAUAUACCAGUGUCUGUAAGACAUCUCCCUGAGUUCUCUAAACUGUUAAUGGCUGUUAUUUCAUUGAAGCGCAUAGUAAAGCUCAACUAUACUAAAUUUACUUUAAUUUUGAAAGAAAAAUACAAGAAUGAAAUCGAAAACUUAGUUUUUGAUGAAGAGUUUUUGAAUGAAGUAAGUUUUAUAAGCAACAGCACAGAUAGCAACAAUGGGGAAGCCGAGACUGAUGAAGAUGAAAAAAAUAAUGAUGACUUUGUCGAAACAACUUUGGCAAAAAUAAAAAAUUUGAAGAUGGACGAAAAAGGUCUGAAGAAAUUUUCCAAUUGGGAAGAUUUACUAUUGCAUGAUCGUACAAAGCGCCGAAGAAUAUAGCUAUUUGUUUAAUUUAAUAUUAGUGCAAGCAG